AUGGUACACCUUGUGGCUGUACCAGAGACAAUCACGGCAAGUGGCUGUGCUUGUGUCUUUAUUGACACCAUCUUCCGACUUCAUGGGUUGCCCCGUGAACUCGUAUCAGACAGAGAUCCACGAUUCACUGCUGAUUUCUGGCGUUCCGUGUUCAAAUCACUCGGAACGCGCUUGAAGAUGUCAACAUCUGAUCAUCCAGAGUCAGAUGGUCAGACGGAACGUGCCAAUCGUGUCCUUGAAGAGAUACUUCGAGGAUACGUACACUCCUUUAAGAGUUGGAGUGAGUUUUUACCAAUGGUAGAGUUUGCCAUCAACAACUCGGUGCAUGCGUCCACGACACAUACACCGUUUUACGUGAAUGGCUUGCGCCAUCCGCGUGUACCCACCUUACUAGAGUGUAACUCUGGUUCAAGGGGGGGAGGGACUCGCGCGAGCAAAAACCGAUUUGUUUCACGCUCAUCACGCUCUGACGAAGAAGUCAUUGCGUUUGAUGCCGAUAUCGAUAACAUCGAUAUCGAAGAAUAUGAUGCCAGUGAGAGUGCGGAAGCCCUCACUGAAGACAAUGAUCCCAGCGAGAGUGCGGAAGCCCUCACUGAAGAAAAGGUUGUUGUUGCUGCAGUGCGCUCACAGCACACUGAAGCUAACGAGUCAUCAGAUGAGUUCAUACUGGCUCGUGAAACGGUAGUCCGUUUUGUGCAAGACUCCAUCGCCGAAGCGGUGGAUAAGCAAAAAGCAAAACGCUGA